AUGCUCCUACCGGGACCGCUGUGGCUGUGGCUGGUGUGGGUGGGACAGUCCCAUGCCCACAGCCUAUUCACCUGUGAGCCAAUUAGAGUGCACCGAUGUCUGGAGAUGUCUUACAACAUGACCUUCUUCCCCAACAUGAUGGAGCACUACGACCAGGACAUCGCAGCCAGUAAAAUGGAGCCUUUUAUGCCAUUGGCAAAGUUGCGCUGUUCCCCAGAUGUGCACCACUUCCUGUGCCAGGCCUUUUAUCCUCCAUGCCUCGAGGAAAACAACGUGUUUGGUCCCUGCAGGGAGGAGUGCAAGACCGUGCUAUCCGGCUGUGCAAAGGAUAUCAGCACUUUUGGCAUUACAUGGCCCCCGGAACUACAGUGUGACAAGUUGCCUUCCUGCGGUGGCAUCGAUCCGGACUCCUCUCUACAAGCCACCACUCCCAUGAAAUCUUCCCCGGCAAAACGCGACCUUGGCUUUUGGUGCCCGCUGCAGAUCAAGACCAAAUCAGGUUUUGGCUCUUCUUUCCUCGGCGCUGACGACUGCGCCCCGCCAUGCUCCAACAUGUACUUCAAGCCACACGACAUCGACUUUGCCAAGAGCUUUAUUGGCGUGUGCUCCAUCGUUUGCCUCGCGGCCACACUCUUCACUUUCCUCACCUUCCUCAUUGACGUCAAGCGUUUUCGAUAUCCUGAGCGGCCGAUUAUUUUCUACGCAGUCUGUUAUAGUUUCGUGUCACUGAUCUACUUCAUCGGAUUUCUGCUGGGGAACAAAGCGGCCUGCACGGAGCCCUUCCACCCCACCGGCAUGUUUACGGUGGUUCUUGGAUCCCAGAGUAAAGGAUGCACCCUGCUUUUCAUGUUGCUCUACUUCUUCACCAUCGCUGGAGUCGUCUGGUGGGUCAUUCUCACCAUCACCUGGUUCCUGGCGGCGGGGCCCAAGUGGAGCUGUGAAGCCAUUGAAAAAAAAGCGGUGUGGUUCCACUCGGCUGCCUGGGGAAUCCCUGGUGCACUCACUGUCAUGCUUCUGGCUCUAAAUAAAGUUGAAGGCGACAACAUCAGCGGCGUCUGCUUUGUGGGCCUGUACGACCUGGAUGCGCUUCGCUACUUUGUCCUGGCUCCGCUCUGUGUGGGCGUUGUGGUGGGACUUUGCCUGAUCCUGGCCGGCAUCGUCUCCCUCAACCACGUUCGGCAGGUCAUCCAGCACGACGAGAGGAACCAGGAGAAGCUCAAGAAGUUCAUGAUCUGGAUCGGCGUGUUCAGCUGCCUGUAUCUGGUGCCACUGGUCGCACUAUUGGGCUGUUACACCUAUGAACAAAGCCACAGGAGCCACUGGGAGGCCACCUGGCUCAGGGAAAACUGUCAGAAGUACAGCAUCCCCUGCCCCUCCAAGGAUGUUGAGCCUCAGCACCCAGACCUCGCACUGUUUCUGGUGAAGUACUUGAUGACGUUAGUGGUGGGGAUUUCUUCUGUGUUCUGGGUCAGCAGCAAAAAGACCUGCUCUGAGUGGGCCUACUUCUGCAACAGGACCCGCAAGAGAGAUCCCAUCAGCGAGAGCCGCCGCGUACUUCAGGAGUCAUGUGAGUUUUUCCUGAAGCACAACAGCCGUGUGCAGCACAAGAAGAAGCACUACAAAUCAAGCGCUCACAAACUCAAGGUGGUCUCUAAAUCCAUGGGCACGAGCACCGGAGGAGUACCCACCAGCGCCUCCGUCUCCGUAGCCACCAACCAAGAACCUACACCGUCUGGUUCUGCACCUCCCCAGGGCUCUUAUUCUGAGGCCUCCAUCCGGGAUCACAUGGAGAGGGGAGUGUCCAGCCGGAGCUCACGCCGAGAUCCAGACCGAGAUCGAGACCGACAUCGAGACCGGGACGAAAGGCAUAGUAAAGAAGGCAGCUCCGGCAAAGUCAGCAGCCUGUCCGACAGCUUGGCACGUAUCGCUGAUGGAAGGAAUACUCCUAGAAGUGACCACUCUGAAGCCAAGCGGGUUUCCUCAGUCCAUCCAACAUCAAGCUUUAAAUCUACCCCACAACAGCAACCUCCAGAAGUGCAGCCAACUCCAAACAGUGCACAAGGCUUAUGA